AAAUCCCCAUCUCAUACAUAAACCGUAACACAAUUUUUCUUUUAAUUUUCUUAUUUGAUGUCCAAUAAACAUAUUAAAUCUCCACUAAUCCAAAUUCACACCAACCAAUAAAACUCAUUCGCAUAGAAUUAGGUAUCAAAAUUUUUUUCAUAUCUAAAUCUCGAAAUGAAAAUUGUCCCACAUCCUCGUUAAGGACAAGAAGGUACUAGGCACCUUUUUUUUUUUUUUCCUUAUUCUCUUCCACACAGUGAGUGAAGCUAGUGAAAUGCUGUGUGUGUAUAUCUAGAGAUUCUAGAGGAACAAAUUCUCUUUUUAUUGAUACUACAUAUUAUAUCAGAAAAGAAUGAAUAAGCUUAAAUCAUCAAGCUCAGAAUUGGACUUUGAUAGACCAAAUCUUGAAGAUUAUCUUCCUACUGCAUCCAUUCAACAACCCCAUGUCAAGCUUCGCCUGUGUGAUUUGCUUGAUAUUUCUCCCACCUUAACUGAAGCUGCUGGUGCCAUUAUUGACGAUUCUUUCACCCGAUGCUUCAAGUCAAAUCCACCAGAACCUUGGAACUGGAACAUAUAUUUGUUUCCUUUAUGGUGCUUGGGUGUUGUUGUUAGAUAUGGAAUUCUUUUUCCUAUAAGAGUCAUUGUCUUGACAAUAGGAUGGAUAAUAUUUCUCUCCUGCUAUAUCCCGGUGCAUUUCCUACUGAAAGGGCACGAAAAGUUCCAGAAAAAGCUAGAGAGGUGUCUGGUGGAGCUGAUAUGCAGUUUCUUUGUUGCAUCUUGGACUGGGGUUGUCAAAUACCAUGGCCCACGGCCUAGCAUACGACCUAAGCAGGUUUUUGUGGCAAAUCACACAUCAAUGAUUGAUUUUAUUGUCUUAGAACAGAUGACUGCAUUUGCAGUGAUCAUGCAGAAGCAUCCUGGUUGGGUCGGACUGCUGCAGAGCACCAUUUUAGAAGGUGUUGGAUGUAUCUGGUUCAACCGUUCAGAAGCCAAAGAUCGCGAAAUUGUAGCAAAGAAGUUGAGGCAACAUGUUGAAGGGGCCGAUAACAACCCUCUUCUGAUAUUCCCUGAGGGAACUUGUGUAAAUAACCACUACACUGUCAUGUUCAAAAAGGGAGCAUUUGAACUCGACUGCACCGUCUGUCCUGUUGCAAUCAAAUACAACAAGAUCUUUGUUGAUGCCUUUUGGAAUAGUAGAAAACAGUCCUUCACAACGCACCUCUUGCAGCUCAUGACAUCUUGGGCUGUUGUCUGUGACGUUUGGUACCUGGAGCCUCAGAACAUAAGACCUGGGGAGACUCCAAUCGAGUUCGCGGAAAGGGUGAGAGACAUCAUUUCUGUAAGAGCAGGUCUUAGAAAAGUUCCUUGGGAUGGAUAUUUGAAAUACUCUCGUCCUAGCCCCAAGCAUCGAGAGAGGAAGCAACAGAGUUUUGCAGAAUCAGUGUUGCAUCGGCUGGAAGAGAAGUAGAGAAUUGGAUGUAUGCUUUGUCUCCGUGUUCACUUUUCUGUGGCCUAUAGCUGUUGCAAUUUGGAAUAGUUUUCACACUAUUCUUCUCAACUUGACAUUUUGUGAAUUUCAUCACUUAGUGAUGGUUCAAACAAAUUUUAGUACAAAGUUGGCAGCAAUUGUCUGUGAAAUUUGCACCAUUAAUGUAGUACAUAUGUGCCGAAAUGUAAGGUGAGGUUGUGUACAA